AUCCCUAAAGAUCCUAUGUGACUUUCCCACAAACUCUCUGAAAUUUCUCAGAAAUCUUCAACUUUCAAAUUAUCCUACCAAAGUUUUGGCAAUGUCCAUAGUUGCAGAAGUGCCGAGUUUCCUUCAAGUCCUUUCCAAUGGUUUAGUAAAACGCUUUGAACCUGAAAUCUCCCCUGUCUCAAAUGAGUCAUCAUCCCAUGGAUACAAGUCCAAGGAUGUGAUGAUUGACUCAACCAAGUCAAUCUCUGGCAGAAUGUUUCUGCCUGAUACUCCAGGCUCCUCUAGCCACCUUCCUGUUCUAGUUUACUUCCAUGGUGGUGGCUUCUGCAUUGGCUCAACCACAUGGCUUGGGUACCAUACUUUCCUUGGGGAUUUAGCAGUUGCCUCACAAACUAUAGUUCUUUCUGUGGACUACCGCCUUGCGCCUGAAAACAGGCUCCCUAUAGCUUAUGAUGAUUGUUAUAGUUCACUUGAGUGGCUAAGUAACCAAGUCAGCUCUGAACCAUGGCUUGAGAGAGCCGACCUCUCUCGUGUGUUUCUCUCAGGGGAUAGUGCUGGAGGGAACAUUGCUCACAAUGUUGCUCUCAAAGUAAUUCAGGAAAAAACUUAUGAUCAUGUAAAGAUUAGAGGAUUGUUGCCCGUACAUCCUUAUUUUGGGAGUGAGGAGAGGACUGAGAAGGAGAGGGAAGGUGAAGCAGCUGGAUAUGUUGCGAUGAACGAUUUGUUAUGGAAACUAAGCUUGCCCCAAGGAUCAAACCGGGACUAUUCUGGGUGUAACUUUGAAAGGGCUGCAAUUUCCAGUGCUGAAUGGGGUCGUUUUCCAGCAGUGGUAGUAUAUGUGGCUGGUUUGGAUUUCUUGAAAGAAAGGGGAGUUAUGUAUGCAGGUUUUUUGGAGAAGAAAGGGGUGGAGGUGAAGCUGGUGGAAGCUGAAGAUCAGUCACAUGUGUAUCAUGUGUACCAUCCUCAAUCUGAGGCUACCCAUCUUCUUCAAAAGCAAAUGAGUGAGUUCAUCCACAGCUUCUAGCAUCUUAGAUGGCCAUCACGCAACCGAGGAUGUGGUAUCGGUUGCGUGAAAAAACUUAGCUCAAGCUCAACUCAAGUAAUAAAAAUGUUUACCUAAAUUUGUCCAAACAUUGGUCUGUCCAAGUUACACCCCUAUUUAAGGACACUUCAAAUUAAUUAGCUGGUGGAAGCUUAAGGAGAGCAGCAUGUGUAUCAUAUGUUCCAUCCAAAAUAUGAGGCCACUCGCUUGCUGCAAAAGCAAAUGAGUGAGUUCAUACACAGUUUUUAGCCUCUCAUAUGGCCAUCCACGAGUCAUCGGCUUCUCUUCUAGUUAGCUAUGAGGCAUGUAUCCUCUCAGCAUAGAUUUGGGCUUUGCAGCAAAUACCAAGUUGUAAUUCUGUUCAAAAUUUCUAAGUGAAACUCAUUUUCUACUAAUGUAAUUGAGCAGAAUGGAUUAGGGAGGAGCAGAAUGGAUGAUGUCAUGUUAAUUACACAACUAGUAUAUUUUGAAAGAAAUUUUAACCA